UUCACAUUGGCUUGCCAUCUCAACCUCCGUUUGCCUUGUCGUUCAAGUCGCUUUCUCGCAUCCAUCUCUACAUGUCAGAAAGACAGUCGAUCAGCACCAUUAUCAUUCCCCUCCCUAUCUUGUUCUUGACUACACGUCGUCCGUCUUGCUCGUGGCAUGAUAGAGCGGACCGCAGCAUGCAUUGAACCAGCUUCUCAACUCUUCCUUCGACGCCUCGAGCCUCCUGUUCGCACACACCGUGCGCUUGGUCCCUCUUUCUGGAAAAAUGGAGGCAACCAGCUGGAUGUUCCUCCCUGGUGGCCCUUGUAUCUCAAUAGCAUCCGAGCUCUGCGUCCAAAUCCACCCGGGCUCGAGUCUGUUCUACCGUGCCCGAGACAGUCCUGGGUAGUCGAACCCAGCGAAACCCCUCAUCGAUCGCGAGUUGUAGCUUCGAGAUCCGAUCGAUAUUCUGCUCGGCUUCCACCGUCAUCCACCCGAGCCUAUACUAGAUCGGCAAAGUCCACGCAAAAAGCUACUGCGGUGUCUGUCAAGGAAGAAGAGCAUUUGGAGGAUGUACUUCUACAUUAUCCGCCAUCCCAUCUCCCGGAACGUAUAACUGUGGACGAUACAAGGAACAAAGACAAUGAUCCGGUCACCGCAGGCGCACAUGAAGAGUUAUGGAACGAAGACCCUAUUCCUACUGUCAACCGAACAGAAAAACAACUCUUGCAAAUCCUCGAUAAUAACAGGGACGUGCAACCAGAAUCAGAAAGCGCCGACUUCGAUCGUGCUUGGGCCUUAUUCAACCAAGUCCCGAAUCAGCAAGCGUACGCACCUGAAAUCUUCCAAUUCCUUUCCAAAUCGAGCAGAAGACGGGAUCAGACUCUCGCUUUAAGUGCCUUCAGACUUAUCGAUGAAGAACACAGAACUCGAGAUGACUAUGAGCGGGCCGUUCGAUCAGCAUUGAAAGCGGACAAUUAUCGUCUGGCCUUGAGAAUCAACGCUCGUGCUACCCUGCGCAACUUGCAACAGGGUUGCAGUGUUUUCCUCCUGUUGCAUGCUGUUUCCAAUCAGCUCUGGAAUACCGCUGCCACGGUAUGGGAUACCUCUUUCAAGCGACUUCCUUUUCGCGCUGGGCAAACAUCGCCGACUCGCCUUGCCAUUACGGAGGAGAUAGGCAAUUAUCGUGAUCUGCCAUUCGCCAUACACCAACUUGGAACAAAGCUGCGGGAGCGGGCAGUAGUCACCAUGCGACAUUCAGGCUCUCUCUUGACACUAUUCAACGAGCUUCUAAACGCUCUAGUCCGAAAUGGUUCGCUUAUGAGCAUAAUCACGCCGCAAGGACUGGAGCAUCUGUUUCAACUGUCAAACGACCUGUCGCUGUCGAAACCAUCUCUUUACAUCACAGCCAUUGAUACCAUCAACAAGCUCGCCAUGAGACCUGAUAAAGGAACAUUGGCUGAUCUUGUGUACAACCUCCUUCGAUCAAGCCUUCCAGAAGUACCGCCACGACCCCAGAUUUUUGGUUCGCUCUUGUCGAUACACUGUAAUGAAGGAGCGCCUGCCGAGACGUACAAUCACUAUCUGGAUGAAUUCUCCAAGUUCCACGGUGUUGCAGAUCUAAAGAGCUACCAAAAAGUUCUGUCAGCUCUUGCUGCCCAAGGUGACGUUGAUGGCAUCCAGCAGGCGUUUUUACGCCUCUGCGAGACCCAUUCACGACCCACUGAUGUCGCGUACUAUACGCCACUCCUCUACGCAUUCGCUCGCCUGGGAGAUGUGCAAGGGACAGAACGGGAGUUUCGGAGAAUGACCGACUUUGGCGUACGCCCGAACUCUUAUUGCUGGAAUAUCCUUCUCUACGCCCAUUCUAGGUCCCUCGAACCUUGGCGCACCUUUGAGGUCUUGGACAGAAUGAAGGCUGAGGGAGUAGCGCCGGAUGCGUUCACCUUUACGACCUUGAUGGGUGUCUUCUCUAGAACUGGUGACACUGACACUGUACUGGAUAUUCUUGAACAAGCCCAGCAGCAUAAAGUCCAAGGGUCAUAUGGUCUGGUCACUGGUCUGAUACAAACAUACUGCCUCAAUAAUCAAGCAGAGGCCGCGGAGAGACUCGCUGAAGCAGCCACCAAUGCCCACCUCCAGGGUUCGCCUGUUACAAUGUGGAAUUAUCUGCUACGUCACUACGCCUUUACAGCAGACUCUGAUAGUAUGCUACGUGUCCAGGGGCGUAUGAGUGCGCUGGGAGUCGAGCCGGAUGCCAUGACUCACGCUGCGUUCAUGACAGCGCUCGUGGUUUUGAACAAGACUAGGGAUGCGGUUCAGAUACUUAGGACUCUGAGCUUGAGUCAGACCCUUGCCGCCACGCCCUUCCAUUAUGCCAUUAUUUUGCAUGGAUUCGCAAAAGAAGGUGACAGGGACAUGGCCAAUAUCGUGUAUCAAGAGAUGAUUGAGAGGUUCCCGAGGAUCGGAGCCAGUCCACGUCUUGCGAUGCUCCAUCUACAAGCUAGUCGAAACUCUAUCCCCAACGAACGGCCACUUUUUGCUGCCCAGUACUUGGAAGAAAUCCUCCAUGAGCUCUCCACGCAGGACCGAGCAGAGCGUCAACCGCAGCCCGGUCUGCACCGCCGUCGGGGCGUUGAUGCCGUUCCAUCGGUCUAUUUGGAGUAUCUGAUCGACCUUCUUGCGGCAAGGGGCCAAAUCAAGCACGCAGAGAAGCUUGUUCAGCGGUUUGAGUCUCUCUCACAGUCGUCAUACCUUAUUUUAAGCAAUGCCGCCUCAACUUCGAUCCAGUUCCUGACUAGGCGCCUGAUGAUCUCAAGUGAGAGAUAUGACUGGGAAACAGUUGAUUCUACUUGGAAACAAAUCCUUGAACGCGGUAUCCAGACAGCAAGAAGAUUUUCCCGUACAGCGAGAAAGCAACUCCCCCGUGAAAGCAGAGCGGUUGAUGGGGAGCGAACGCGGCCGGUACGGCCCACAGGUCUACCCGACUCCGAAUUGAUCACGAAGGAGGACUUCUCGUUCGAGUCGAUGAUUCCGUACAAUACCCCGAUCAGUGGUCUGUUGGAUGAGCCGGGCCUUGUGAUCCUGCCCUCGCAAAGAUACAUUCUUGAAGCACCUUUGACACGGUACUUGAACAGUUUGUCUGUCCGUCAACUCCAAUCUCGUGCUAUAGCUCUCGUGGCUGAGCUAGAGAGAGUGGGGUUUGCAUUGACUAGUAAAAAUUGGAAUAUGUACAUUCAAACCUUGACGCUGUCGAAGGAACAGCAGCAUUGGCUCCUUGCCUACGAAGUCUUCGAGCAGAAGAUGAUCGCCAAUACUCCGCCAUGGUCAGUCUUGCGGCGCGGCAAAUGGUUGUCAUCCAAGGUAUCAGAAGGCUCUCAUCCGACGCUCGUUCCCCGCAAAAUCAUCGAAAAACGGGAUCCGGGGCAGAUGAUGCCAACCUAUUACACUGCAGUCCACCUUGCCAGCGUUCUACUCAAAGCGAACAGACUUGCAGCAGAAGGCGACAAGGCUACGUACAUGGCGCUUCGGAAGGUCGCCCCUCAAACCUGUCGCUUUGUCCAAAGCAUGCCUUAUCAUAGAGACCGAAUCCAAGGUGUCCUCCUUCGCGGAAGGAAGAUCAGGGCUGACCCGCCAAAACAGCCUCGAGAAUUCGCUGAGCCGGAUCGGUCCGGUGUAUUGGGAAGCAAAUCACCAGCGGACCACAUCCCCGCCACAGAAGUAGUCGGGAUCGAAGAUGCUGUACGACGCGAGGCAGGCGACAAGAAAUCAUUCAGUGCGGUGGCGGAAGCGCGUGAGAUACGUCAAGCAGAACUUUACGAAGGAGAAAUCGCUAGGGUUCCUGGCGCAACAGAGAAACAACAGGACCAAGAAGCAAAGGAAAUCAAUCGUCGAGUGCGUCAUAAGGAAAGAAAGCUUCUUCAGAUACUGGAGAAGGUUCGCCGCGAUGUGUUACUCCCGCGAAAGAUCAGCGACCCAUAUAUUGGCCAUCCAACGAUUUCUGUGGGUGAACGUCUGAUUCGAACACGCUCCGGAGGGCAAGGUUUAUACAAUCCGACUGAUCGAAGGUUAGAGCAGAGCGCUCAGACCAAAAAAGAAGUCCGUGAGCGGUGCCGUUGAAACUUCCUCGCAGCCCCGAAAUAAAGCGUCCUUGCUCGCCGCGGACAAGCUUCAGAACGUUUUCAUCGCUUCGACAGGAGACGGCCGGAUCCGCCUGCCAAUGUUUUCGAACUUCUCGUCAGCUCAGCCAGGUUCGCGUCGUAGUGGACAAGUCAAAGAUUGAAGUGCCCAUGGUAGCAAACGAACAAGUUUUGCGACGAGCAGCGCCUGAAGGAGAGAUGAAAGAGUGUUGCAUAGCUGUCACACGCGUGCCUUGGGGGAUUGUCAGAGAUGGUGUACUGGUAUUCCGUGCAUAGCAAGCGGGUGGAAUUUUCGUAGUGAGAGGAAUAUCUUGUACAUAAACGUGGAUGUAACGAUUCGACCGUCGAGUCUCGAGCAUUGAGUACUUCUCAUAGAUUGCGCUCAGCUCUCCUUCCUGUCACCCUUGUUUGUCCUUAUGCUGCAGUUCGUCUUCGACUUCCUCGAGAAUAUGGCUGUUCCCGGAACCCAAGAAAAGGGGGAAUUUCCGUGGUUGGUUGGUUUUUCACAGAGGUUGUGAUAGUCAGUCUAUCGAGGGCGGGUCAGCGAGCGGUUCCAGGUAGCAGGCCCAUUUCGCUUCUCCUUAGCACGGAGAGGGGAUUGGAAGAGCGCGCGGAAACGGUCCAAUACCUAGAUCUCUGCGAUCUUUCGUCCGGCUUUGUUUGUGAAAAGGGGUCUUCAUGGCCCUCUGUCGUGGAAAAUCUUGUCGAAGACCGGGGAACAA